AUGGCUGAAGUCCCGGAGUCCGGCUCGUUGGAAGGAGGAGACCUGGAGAAUGGGGCACGGGAACUGCCUGCUCCUCUGGAAACGGCUCAAGAUGCCGAAGCCGACGCCACGGCACAGGGAGGCCCCGAGCUGCCUGUGGAGACUGACCGGGAACCCCAGCCGCAGGUGGAGGAAGAGGACCUCAAAGUGGGGGCGCCAGAGAACGCGCACCUACACCUAAAACCAGCCAGCUCGUCCGGCGGGGAGACGCCCAAAGAGUCGGAGGGAGGCUUUCCUAGCGAGACUGAUCUAGAGAGUCCCCAGGAGGCCGAGUCAGAGACGGUCAGAGAGAUCGUAGGAGAGCUUUUCAAGGAUUUGGAGGCUCUUACGCAUGAGGAGGAGCCAGAUUUAGAGCCACGGAGGGAGGCCAAAGUAGAUGUUGCAGAGGAUGUGCCCAAAAAGUCAGCUAAGGAAACAGAUCCGGAGCUACCAGAGGAGACCGAGGCUGAAGUUCCAGGGGCCUCAAUCAGUGAGACAAGAUUAGAGUUACUAGAAGAGGCCGAACCAGAAGUUCUGGAGGAUUCACUUACAGAGCAAUAUGAAGAAACAGGUCUGGAACCUCCGGAGCCAACCAAACCUGAAUUUCCAAGCGAGAAACCAAGAAAAUUGUUUGAAGAGGCAGAUCUACAGCCGCCAAAGAUGACCACACUGGAGAGUCCAAAGGAAGCCCAAAGAAAGUCACCUGAGGAGAAAAGGACAGAGCCUCUUGAAGAGACCAAAUCAGAAUUUCUUGAAGAAAAAUCAAGAAAAUCAAUUGAGGAAAUAGGUCUGGGGCCAUCAGGAAAGACCAAACCAGAAGCUCAGGUGGAGACACUGAAAGAAUCAACUGUGGAGAAAGUUUUAGAACCACUAGAGGAAACUAAACCAUCAGAGCAAAAAGAUAAGCAAAGAAAAUCAACGGAGGAGACAGGACUAGCACCACCACAGAAGUCCAAAUCAGAGGAGACAGUAGGAGAGUCAACAGAGGAGAAGGGUCUAGAGCCAAAGUUUCCAAAGAUAGAACCAAGAAAAUCAAGUGAGGAAACAGAUCAAAUGCCACCACAGAAGACCAAACCAGAGAUUCAGAAGAAGACACAAACAGAGAAAGAUUUAGAGUUACCAGAUAAACCAAAACUACCGCUAAGAAUAGAGUCAUGUACAGAAGUUUCCAAGGAAGAUAUGCCAAAACCAGUCAAACUUAACCAUUCUGUAGACAAGGAUGAGCCCUUGUCAGAACACUCUGACUAUCAAACAAGAAAGCUCUCAGUAAGUGAAAUCAGGAAAGCUAGAAGAGAAACUAUGUUCAGGUCGCUCACAAUAAGCGAAGCAGGCUCAACAAAUACAGAUUAUGAGCUUUCUAAAGGUUUUAGCGAACUGUUUGAGCUUACUGAUACCGGUAGUGAGUUAUACUCUUACCUCACAGACUCUCAGAGCGAUUCAAGAGAUUCUUUUAGUGAAAAAGUUGUAGACUUAGAGAAACAGCCACACAAAGAUCAAGACACCCAGCCAAAAGAAAGCAUGCAGCCACGAUUUGACUAUCUUAAAUGGAGCCCAGAGAAAGUUGCAGAGUGGAUUAGUGAGCUAGGCUUCCCUCAAUACAAGGAGUGUUUUACUACAAACUUCAUCUGUGGCCGAAAGCUCAUUCAUGUAAACUGCUCAAACCUCCCUCAGAUGGGGAUAACAGAUUUUGAGGACAUGAAGGUAAUUUCUCAGCAUACGCGGGCACUCCUCGGAAUUGAAGAGCCAUUGUUCAGACGCUCCAUCACCCUGCCCUACAGGGACAAUAUUGGCUUAUUUUUAGAGCAAAAAGGUCAUACUGGGGUAAAAUCUGAUUCCUUGACGUUCUCUGAAUUUGUGCAAGCAGCAGGAUUACAGGAUUAUGCUCCAAAAAUAACUACCCCUGGAAAAAAUGAAGAAUUGUAUUACACUGAACCAUAGGGAAAAGCCA